AAAAACAAAAAAUCACUUAAGGGGCUUCACCUAAAUGAACAGAGCUAAGUCAAAAUAGCUAUAUAAACACAGCUCUUACCCAACUCUGAUCAGUAGUCAAAAACAAACGGGAAGUAAGAGACAUCAUGAAAUUCAUCGCACUGUGCAGUCUGCUGUUGGCCUUGUGCGCCGUUAUUGGACUCCUGCCCGCAUCCUCAGCGGUUCCCUCGCGGGACAGUGGUGGCAACAGCUGGAGAGGUGGCUCAUCUGGAUCAAAGAUACAGCAGCGGCCGUUCUAUUACGAUGCACCCAUAAGGAGGCCUGGUCAACCCCAGACUAGAUACGCUUAACCCUUGGGCGUAUACUUACUUUGCUAUAAAAAUUAUAGUAUAUCUUAUAAAAUAAAUUAAUAUAAAUUUAGAAAAAAAAUA